AUGCCAUUUGACGGCAUAAGCAAGAGGGGCAAGAGUGGUGGCGGUGCCCAGCAGAGCAACUCCGGCAAGACUGCCCGGGAGACGAAGGCCAAAGGCGCCGAGAACAAGGUUGCGAAGGCACCCACUAAGGACCCGCGUCCUAAGGUUCUAGAGGCCCUCGCCAACAAACUCGUCAAGAAGACGAAGAAGAUGGAGACGAAGGCGACGAUCACCGCCGAGAAAGAUACCACGCCUAAGCUUGGUGGCACUUCAAAAGCGAGCACUAACGACUCUCUUGUACCCUUUGCCUUUGAGCCUCUACCUCUGGGAUCCAUAUCGCCUUCUGGCUGGCUCAAGGAUCAGCUCCAGCUGAUGAGCGAUGGACUAGCUGGUCACGAACACGACUUCUAUGCUUAUGUUGCCAAGUCUAGCUGGUUAGGAGGCACCGAAGAAUACAGCGACCUGAAUGAAGGCUUCCCGUACUGGUUUAACGGUCUUGUGCCUCUGGCUUAUGGUCUGGACGAUGCACGACUGAAGGAUCAGGUUCAUUCGUCUGCUCAGAUAGUCUUGGAUCUCCAGGCAAGCGAUGGAUGGCUUGGCCCCGAGACAGGAUCAGCACGUAACUUUUGGGCGAGAUAUCCGUUAUGCCUGGGACUGACUCAGCUUGCUGAAGCCAACAGUACCUGGACGCAGCCUGUCGUGACAGCCCUCCACGACUUCACUUCGCUGAUGCAUGACAUGCUUUCCAACAAUUAUACGGGCUACAUCAGCCAUCCGGGAGACAAGUUGAGCGCAGACGACGACUCAUGGGGACGGGUCCGCAGUCAAGACAUGAUAAUCACACUUCAAUGGCUGUACGAACAUUAUCCAGGAAAUCAGAGUCAGAUAUUACUCGAGAACAUGAAGUAUCUACACGACGAAGGUCUGAACUGGGAAGACUGGUACAAUGAGGCUGCAUACUUUGGUCAGGGUAUGGACAAGGAUCUAAACACCCUCGACGUCAAUCUCACUACUGUCAACUACCCAUAUGAGCAUGGCGUCAACGUAGGCCAAGGCCUAAAGGCUGCGGCUGUGAUCCGCCGCUUUACUCACAACGACAGCUUGAUCGAUACUGCGAUGAACGGCGUCAACUGGACUAUGCAGUAUCAUGGUGCUGCCUCUGGCACAGUCAUAGCCGACGAGCGUCUUGUUGGCCUAGCGCCGUACUCAGGAGCCGAACUCUGCACGUCUGUGGAAACCAUGUACUCUCUGUCUUACCUCUACCAAAGUCUAGGGAAUAGCUACUAUGCCGACCGAACUGAGCUUGCAGCCUUCAAUUUCAACCACCCUCAAGGCUGGCCUAAGUACCUGUCAAGCAGUUUCGUCCGGGUCGGGAAUAGCGGUCUUGCCCACGUCCUGCUGAGUCCUGUUACAGCCCGCACAAACAUUUCCGGUGGCAGUGUCAUGGUCGAUGUUACGACAGCGUAUCCUUUCUUUGGCCAGCUGAAUUAUAGCAUCACUGCCGGAUCAUCCUUCGACUUCUAUGUCCGUGUCCCUGCCUGGGCGGCUUCCGGAUCGCGAAUCUCCUGCGGCUCGAAUGAAUCCACACCGCUCUCACCCGACCCAGUUUCGGGCUUGCAUAAGAUCAGUUUGCCAAAGGGUACUUCGACUGUGUUGUACAACCUGGAAAGCGAUGUGUAUACCGAGUCGCGGGAGAACGAUACAAUCGCAGUCCACAAGGGUGCCUUGCUUUACGCUCUGGAAAUAAGCAGCACGAAUACAUCCACAGCACCUAAGAUGUGGAACAAUCCCGGCUCAUUCUACAAUGACAGCUACGCUCCCCCACAGAGCAAAGAUUGGGAAUACCAUAACACUUCCGCCUGGAACUUCGCGGUCGACCCGAAGACCCUCCAGUAUCAUGGCCCAGACUCCGAGUCUCCAGAUUAUGCAUUGGCAAAUCCUAUCUUUGCUCCCAAUGCUCCGCCAGCGUACAUCAGCGUCAUGGGAUGCUUGAUCGACUGGCCGUUGGCGUUCGGAAGCGUACCUGGCUAUCCGCCCACUGGCGAGGCCAAGAAGUGCACGGCGCCAGCUCAGAAGCUAAGGCUUGUGCCGUAUGGAAGUGCGAAGACGCACAUGUCAGAUCUGCCCAUCAUUGAUCUUGCUAGCUAA